AUGAAAACGCUCACGCACGAGGACUACACCGUCGCGUGGAUAUGCGCGCUGCCAAUCGAAAUGGCUGCGGCCAAGGCAAUGCUAGAUGAGGCUCACGCCAAACUGCCCCAGUCCACCCAAGACCCCAAUACGUACUCCCUCGGAGCGAUUCAGGGACAUAACGUCGUCAUCGCCUGUCUCCCAGCGGGAGUGUACGGCACGACCUCGGCCGCUGUCGUCGCCUCGCACCUCUCCACCACCUUCCCAGCCAUCCGGUUUGGACUGAUGGUUGGCAUUGGCGGCGGCGUGCCUAGCAAGAGCGCCGACAUCCGGCUAGGCGAUGUCGUGAUCAGCAAGCCCACGGGCCAUUACAGCGGUGUUGUGCAGUACGACUACGGCAAAACAGUCAGUGGCGGCGUCUUCGAGCAGACAGGCUCGUUGAACAAACCGCCCUCGGUGCUACUGACCGCGAUUGCAGACCUGGAAUCCAACCACCUCCUGGGCAAGACCCAGGUCCCGCAGUUCCUCACCAAGAUCGUCGACGACUACCCCGACCUCGAGCAGUUUGUCUACCCGGGGGUGGAGGACGACCUGCUUUUCAUGGCGGACUACGAACACGUCCCUACAGAGACCACCUGCGAGGUUUGCGACGCGACGCGAGUGGUGGUUCGCAAGCCUCGUCGGUCGACGAAUCCGCGCAUCCACUACGGGCUGAUCGCGUCAGGUAACCAGGUGAUCAAGCAUGCGUUGACACGGGACCGCCUGGGCAAACAAUUUGGGAUUCUGUGUUUUGAGAUGGAGGCCGCGGGGCUCAUGGAUAACUUCCCCUGCGUCGCUAUCCGGGGCAUCUGUGACUAUUCGGACACCCACAAACACAAGCAGUGGCAGGCGUAUGCGGCGGCCACCGCGGCAGCGUGUGCAAAGGAUCUGUUGGUGGUAGCGUCGGUAGCGCAUACGAAGGAGACGCCGACGGUGCAGAAGAUACUAUCCCAGGCUGAGUCCACCUUUCGUCUGCGGUUUGACAUCGACAGUAUGCCAGCGGUGCAUCAAUUCGUCGGCCGACAAGGCGAUCUCGAUGCCCUGUGGAAGGAUCUAUCCCCGAAUCAAGGUCAGAUGCGGAAAAUUGUCGCCCUUCACGGACCCAGCGGGAUGGGGAAGUCCCAGUUAGCGCUGCAGUUUGCCCGAUUACACAAGGACGAUUUCACCGCCGUCAUCUGGCUGGACGCACGCAGCCGCCAGACGGUAACCCGGUCUCUAGCCCGGGUGUAUGUCAACCUGCCAGAUAUCGAGACAACAGGGGAGCCUAAGAGUCAGAAAGAGAUGGACCUCCGCACGAAACAAGUCCUCAAGUGGUUGGAAACGCCCGGGAACAGCAAGUGGCUGCUUAUUUUUGACGACGUGCCCCAUUCGUUGGGCGAAGGAACUGAUGAUGACGAAAGCUACGAUAUCAGGACGUUUUUCCCGCAGGUGGAUCGGGGGUCGAUUUUAAUCACGACACGGUUACUGCAGUCUGGAGUACUUGGGAAACCUCGUCUGGUGGAGAGGAUGGCGGACGGCGAAGCAAUGCAGUUGCUGACCGGCGCGUGGGACCCAACUCCGAAAGACGCUCAGGAUGGAUGGGAAUCAUGGGAUACUAAGACCGACCUUCUGUGCCUCAUUCGACGGCUGGAUGGGCUGCCCCUCGCCAUCGUCUUAGCCAGUGCUGUGAUCCGUUCAACUGGCUGGAGCGUGUCAACAUAUCUACAUACCGACAAUCUGAUCCAGGUUGAUCUAAAGGUGAACUCGACGACAUUGUCAUCUGGCGAUCAUAAAUUACUGGCUGCCUUCGUUGUCGCCUUCAACCGGACCCGCGACACAGACCCAGUCGCCGCCAACGUCUUGCAACUCCUGUCAUACUUUGGCCCCUACCCGGUCUGGUUCGAACUGCUUCAUUCGGGAGCCUCCAGCACGGGCAUGCCACACUGGUUCUGUCGCAUCGCAGCCAGCAAAAGCGCCUUGCGGUUGGCGACCGCCAGCCUGGAAGACCUCGCCCUGCUCCAGACGGACCGCACUCGAGAGAGCUACUCGAUGCAUGCGCUCGUCCGUCAGGCCUGCCACCACGUUGAGAGCACGUUUACAGCAGAGAAAGACACGCCUUUCCGGGCUAUCGCCCUGGUAUGUCUCGGGGUGGCCGCGUCACAACUGCCUCUCGGGGAAUCGCAUCUCCAACAGCGACUACUGCCGCAUGUGGACCACAUGCUGCGAUUGGUGGAUCAUCAGCCGGACAGUCCCUACGGUCCAGCAGUGCUAAAAGCCCUCAACGAGCUGGGUCUAUUCUACUGGAACCAGGGAAAGCCCUCCCAGGCGGCAAGCAUGUUCCACGCCGCCGUCGCAGGCUACGAGCAUCUUGAGAGGUCUGACAAGCUCAACGACCCGUCGUUCCUCCUCACUCUGCACCGGCUGGGCAUCGCCUACCAGAAACUGAGCCGGUUCCACGACGCCGAACGGGCCUUUCAGCGCGCCCUGGCAGGCUACCGCUCCCUCCGCGGGCCUACCGACAUCUCCACUGUCGAGCUCUCCUCCUGUCUAGCCUCCUGCUACCAGAGCCAGAACAAGCUCGCCGAGGCGGAGACGUUGUACUCGCAGGCCCUACAGGGCUAUGAACUCACGCGCGGCCCACACGACCCGUUCACACUCGUGACGCUCAACCAGCUCGGCACCGUCUACCACGCCGCAAACAAGCCCGCCGCCGCCGAGACCGUCUUCCAGCGUGCUUUGAGCGCCGCAGAGACCGCGCGCGGGCCGAACGACACGUCCGCCCUCGAAGCCACAUUCAACCUCGGCAUGCUGUACCGUACACAGGGCCGACUGCCCGAGGCCGAGAGCAUGCUGACGCGCGCACUGCACGGGUUCGAGAAGACGCUGGCGCCGGACCAUCUCAGCGCGCUGCGGACGGCGCACGCCCUUGCCCUGGCCUACAAGGACCAGAGCAAGCUAGCGCAGGCUGAAACCCUGGGCCGGCGCGCGGUAAGCGGGCUCAGCGCCGCGCUAGGCGAGUCGGACAUCCAGACGGCGAACGCGAUGCGAGAUCUCGGGCUGAUCUACCGCGAUGAGGGCAAGAUGACCGAGGCGGCGACGCUGUGCCAUGCGGCAUUCACGACGCUGCAGACCGCCCUGGGGGACGGACAUCCGGAGACGCUGAAUGCGCUGCGCGACCUGGGCUCGGUGCAUGGGUAUUCGGGCAAUCCGAUGCGGGCAGAGGAGAUGUGUCGGCGAGCGCUGCAGGGUUUCGAGCGGAGCCCGCUGGGCGCAGACCACGUUGCCACCUUACUGACAGUGUACUAUGUGGGAGUGGCGCUGCAGAGCCAGGGGAAGCCCGAGGCGGGGACAAUGCUGGGGCGGGCGUUGGCCGGGUUCGAGACGCGGUUGGGCGCGGAGCAUGUGUUCACGCUGAAUACGGUCAAUCAGCUGGGCGAGUGGUACUGGACGCGGAGAGAUCUGGACGCGGCGGCUCGGAUGUACGACCGGGCGGCGACGGGCUUUGAGCGAACGGUGGGCGCGCGGCAUGUCUGGACCCUGCGGGCGAUGAACAAGUUGGGGGUUGUCUACGCGCAGGGCGGACAGCGGCAGGAGGCAGAGACGAUGUAUCGACGCGCGUUGACCGGGUUCCAGGCUAUUCUGGGCCGAGACGAUGCGGAGACGCAGCUGGUGGCUUCGCGGUUACGGCUGCUGGAGCAGGAUCCGGAGUCCUCUACGGUACAGGGGGAUUUGGCGACAGAUACAGGGACGGGAUGA